CACCGUCUCGCUUGUUUUCUUCCCCAGCGCUGGAUGAGAGGCGUCAGCGUCAGCACCGCAGCCCGGACACAAUUCCUGCAGCCGCACGUUUUACAAGCGUCACGAAGCAAAACCUACAACGCGCAUCAUUUGGAAACCGAAAAUUGCAGUGACAAAAUUUCCCUUUGCGUAAUCAACUGUCUCCGCGGGAAGAAGGCAACUCCAUGACAGUCUCGCAUCGCGCACAACGUCUUUGCGCUUUCCACGGCAGCGGCGUCUCAUUUCGCGCCGCUCAAAUACUACUAUAAGACGUUCCACAAUAUUUGGUUUUAUUGAAUAAGUCGCGCUGCACCUGCUAUGACCGCAGAGCUUCAUGGAAUGGCUCGCUGGGGAUUGUGUGGGGUUUUAUUCGGGCUGCUGAGACUCGGCUCGGCUUGUCCUGUAUCGUGCUCUUGCAGUGCCUCGAGGGUCUCAUGUAUCGAUCAAGACCCGGGGAUCGAGGAUUUCCCCGUGUUGGUGCCGGAGUCUGACAUGGAAAACAUCACGGACAUAUAUAUCACAAAUCAAAGGCUAUUUACAAUCACUGAGGACCAUUUGAAGUUCUACUCAAAUCUCAGGAAUUUAACAGUGACCAACAGUCAGCUGACUUCUGUAUCUACGAUGGCUUUUUUUAACAACUCCAAACUUCAAUAUCUGAAUCUGAGAGACAAUAAUUUAUCAACGCUCUCAUGGAUGGCAACUCGUAAUGCCAACAUGUCGACUUUGUUGCUGUCUGGGAACCCGUUGCAAUGUGCAUGUGAGAACAUCUGGAUUAAGGUGUGGUUGGAGGACAGUGAGAGAGAGGGGUUGGAGUGUCUACAGGAGGGAGGAAAAGCUGAAGCCCUCUCUGGACUCACUCUGCCUUCAUGUGAGCACCCACUUGUGGAGGUGAACCCUCUGGUUGUCACUCAGAUGGCAGGAAGCGAGGCUACAGUAAUAUGUAAUGUGUCCGGAGCCCCGCCCCCUGAGCUUUCCUGGAGCCUAAAUUCAAGUGAACAUCCUCCUCUAAUAACCGACUAUGAGGUCAGCCAAAUGGACCUCCAGUCAGUGUUGACUCUAAGCGGACUUUCACCGGACGACAACGGCAGAGAGCUCACCUGUAGCGCAGAGAACAUUGUGGGCCAUAAAGAUGCGUCAGCCAUUCUCAAUAUUCUUUUUCCUCCUUCUAUAGUGCAGCUUAAACAGCCUGAGAAAGACCAGAAAUGGUGCAUCCCCUUCACCGUGACGGGCAACCCAAAGCCUGAGUUGUGCUGGUACCACGACGGAGUGCCGCUGGAGGAGCACCAGUACAUCAGGACGGAGAUCCAUGAUAUCACAGACACGGAGUAUCACGGCUGUCUGCAGCUGGACAUUCCUACUCACAUCCAUAAUGGUGUUUACACACUAGUGGCCAAUAAUGAGUUCGGAGAGGACAGCGGGAACGUUUCGGCACACUUUAUGUUCAUGCCCGAUCUGGAUCACUCUGGGACAGGGAAUGAGGGAAUAUUCUACUAUGAAACAACGUUUAGUCCAGAAAUCCCGCAAAUAGAAGACAAAGUUGCGGUGUAUGUAGUGGUAGGAAUAGCUGGUGUUGCUUUAACUGGAUGCAUCCUAAUGUUAGUUUUUCUAAAGUAUGGCAGGACCUCCAAAUUCGGCAUGAAAGGAUCUUCAUCCGUCAUCAGUAAUGAUGACGACUCAGCCAGCCCACUCCACCACGUUUCCAACGGCAACAACACCCCAUCAUCCUCAGAGAUGGGCCCGGAUGCCGUUAUUAUCGGAAUGACAAAGAUCCCAGUCAUUGAGAACCCGCAGUACUUCCGCAACCCCGGCAGCUUGCUGAAAUCGGAUACUUUUGUUCAGCACAUAAAGCGCCACAACAUUUUGCUGAAGAGGGAGCUUGGAGAGGGUGCCUUUGGGAAAGUGUUUUUGGCUGAAUGCUACAACUUAUCACCAGACCAAGAGAAGAUUUUGGUGGCUGUUAAGACGCUUAAAGAAGCUAGUGAAAGUGGGCGAGCCGAUUUUCACAGAGAAGCAGAGCUUCUUACCAACCUGCAGCAUGAUCACAUUGUCAAGUUUUAUGGAGUGUGUGUGGAAAGCGACCCCCUCAUCAUGGUGUUUGAGUACAUGAAACAUGGAGACCUCAACAAGUUCCUCAGGGCUCAUGGUCCAGAUGCAGUUCUCAUGGCAGACGGGCAGCAGGCUUUGAUGGUGGAGUUGACCCAGCCUCAGAUGCUGCACAUAGCUCAACAGAUAGCAGCAGGCAUGGUGUAUCUGGCUUCACAGCAUUUUGUACACAGAGACCUGGCCACACGCAACUGUCUGGUUGGAGAAAACCUGUUAGUGAAGAUAGGGGACUUUGGCAUGUCCAGAGACGUCUACAGCACCGACUACUACAGGGUGGGUGGUCACACCAUGCUGCCCAUUCGCUGGAUGCCUCCAGAGAGCAUCAUGUACAGGAGGUUCACAACAGAGAGUGAUGUAUGGAGUUUGGGUGUUGUCCUCUGGGAAAUCUUUACCUAUGGCAAGCAACCCUGGUACCAGCUCUCAAACAAUGAGGUGAUCGAGUGCAUCACGCAGGGUCGGGUGUUGCAGAGACCACGCACCUGCCCCAAAGAGGUGUAUGACCUAAUGCUGGGGUGCUGGCAGAGAGAGCCCUACAUGAGACUCAACAUCAAAGAAAUCCACAACCUGCUCCAGAGCCUGGCCAAGGCCUCACCCGUUUACCUGGACAUCCUGGGCUGACACUGUGUGGAGGAUCUGUUUGUUAGUUUGGGUGUGUAAUUGUUUGUGAGAAAGUGUGCGUCAUAAAAGGAGAAAUGGAUGCUUUAGAUUAUAGAUUUGUGUGUGUGCGCAUAAAAAAUGGCUUGUGCUUCAGCCUUCUCACCACAGACUAAAAGCCUUAAAGUUAACUGUGUGUAUUGCUUUGAGUUUUUCCACGACCCACUAUGUCCAUAUCGGACUUUCAUCAAUGUUUUUUUAAAUCCUAAGUGGUCUACAAAUGAACAAAUGGAAGCGUUUGAUUGUUGUAAAUAGGCGUUAAAGACAAUGUAGACCUCUUGUUUUACAACCUUUUUGAGAAAGGUAACUUGAGUUCAGAAAGUUUACAAUUCCUUUGUUUUUCAAAUGGACAACAUAUGGUAUCCAGUCAUUAGCACAAAGCUGUCCAAGUACUGGCGGACUGUACGCAGAUCGCAAUACUAUUCACACAGCAAACUAUGGAGUCAUUUAACUGCCAGCUUUAAUUUGUCGUUUUUAUGAUUCGAAACGCAUUUAAUAUCAUUUUGGACUAUACUACUAAACCAUCUUCUCUUUGCCAACUUUUGAUGUCUAACACUGAGGUUUAUAAAAGGCAUUUUGGGAUGUAUCAAUGCGGCCCAUCUAACUCUUGUCUGAACUUUGUGAGAAAAGCACAGCGACAAAGACGCCUCCAAAUUUUCUUCACUUUUUUAUUUUGAAGAGGCUUGAAGUUGGACACGGUGUGUUUGCAGUGUGAGUUACGGUCACCAGCAGUGGCAUUGAAAUAUUUCCACAGACUUUGUUCGGUCCCCUGACCCCAUGUGUUGAAGUACCGAUUGGGGAACCUGCCUCUCCAAACGUUGGAUGAUGUUCCUGUGUCAGUCGAUGGUAAACGUGUUGUUUUUUUCACUUUUGGGUGCUUACACACUAGGGAAUGCUCUGAUGGAGCAGCUGAUGGAUAGAAAUGCACAAGAUGCCAUUCAGAGGGUGUGGAAAGAGCCGAUUUAGUUGAAAUUUAAGUGGGAAAUACAGCAGGAAGCACAACUGGACCCGCCUUUCUGAAAUGAUCACUACUCGACGGAUUUCUACGUUCCAGUUUGUUGCAUCAAAAGUUCCUAACCUUUGGUCAGAAGAAAUUUUUCAUCGAUGUCCUUGCAAGGCAUCAACCCUGUCGCAAUCACUUGUGUGUGUAGGCGCCCUUAAUCGUCGUUGUGUUGCAACUUGAUGGAUUUUGCCUUUGAGAAGACAAAAGAAUCCUUUCUUACCUGUUUGUGGGUACUCCGAACCACUGAUGUUCUCCAUUAUUUAACAGAGCCAGUCGAACAGGUGGAUUUAACUUUUUCUCGGAUUACUCAUUAUUUGUUUACGUGCCGACAAAGAAAUAACUGCUAAAUAAUAUGUGUAUGUGAUGAUCUAUCAGAUGAUCGGUUUGUUCUAUGUAUUGUGGGCCGUUUCAAAGCGAUGGGCUUGGUGGGCACUGUGAAGUGAAUGUUGUGAGGAUGAUGGGACUCAGAUUGGCCCUGAGGUCACAACUCGAAGACCCUAUGAAGGGACUCUGGACCCAACCUUUGUGCGCCAACCCCACCAAACAAGUUAACAGAGGAGGACAAUUAAUAACAAACAGGUUUAAACAGACUACAAAGGACUGCAUUUUCAACUACAACUGCAAUUUUAAUUUGUCGUUAUCAGUAUUUUGAAAGCACUUACUAUCACGAGUUCUCAUACUAACCCCAAGUAUUCAACUAUAGCUCAUAACUUAAUCAGAUUUUAUGACUGAUACCUAAAAUUUGCAGCUUGCUAAUGAUAGAUGUGCCAUUACAAACAGAACAGAUUUAAGAUUUACAGACUGUAUAAGGAAGGGAGCCAUAUAGGGACAAGAAGAUUAUAAGAUGCUUUUUCACUGUCAGUGCGAGCAAAGGCUGACAAAUCGUCAGAUUUGAGCCAACUGCCCCGGACAAACAUUUUGUUAGCCAUGCCCACACUAGGCUCAGUUCCUUUGGCUUACAUUCAUAUGUUUGCAAAUGUGGCAGAACCCAAAUGCAAGCUCAUGCGAAAGAAAUUUGGAUUUCAGUCUAUCUGCAAAUUUGUAUGACAUGUUUACCCGCGUCCAAGUCGAUACUUGACAGCGUAACGAUGAAUAAAUAUUACAGUUGUCAAGUUUCCAGUUUGUUAAAGCGUAUCCUUUGACCGCAAAACCAACCACAGACUUUAGUCCAGUUCCUCAACCUGGCUUCAAUCACUGUUGACUUACUCCAGGGCUACAAUACUUGUACCACUUGUCCUCCUCUGCGGGGGUGAACUUUGUCUCAAUUCAGUUUGACGGAGAUCUCCGUGGUCCCCAGCAACACAUUUUGCACUGAACGACUGAUUCUUUGGGUAAGAAGUCCUGGAGGUGUGUUGCUCUGAGAGUGUCUGUACUGUAUAUAUGCAAUUAGACUGUAAAUAUACAUGAGCAGGAUCAAUCAUUCUUUGUACACUGAUGUCAAAUUCUUUCCAAACAGUCCAUUGGCAGGACCUACUUUUAACAGCUGUCUUUAACCAACAUCACCAAACGUGCGAGUCGUCGAACAGUGCGUCCAAUCAAAUCAAAUGUUGGUCAGAUGAGUCCCGCGAGUGACUUGUGAUCCCUUAGAGCUUUGCACUUUCUUUAUAGAUGUACUGCUCAUAUUUUUGAAUUUUUCACCCUACAAUUGUAAGCACUGCAAAAAAGAAAAAGGGAAAAUGCACUGAAAGAGGCUUUCAAAUCGAAGGGGGGUAAGAGCUGAUGUUGCGCAAAAUUACGGGCCAGUUACGCUAAAUGAUUUUUAUCAUAUUGUGGCAGACUUUGCGUAGAGACUUUAAAGAACAAACAUGGCAUUUUCUCGUUUUUUGCUAUACAGAUUUGUCUGUUCUAAAUAGCCAGCCUGUACUUUAUAAUCCAUUCUGUACAGUUCCAAUAGAUGUCUAUAUAAAUAGUACGGUCUCUCUAUAUAUUCUGUUUAAAACAGGCACCAUGUCAAAAUGUGUGACAUUAUAAAGAGAAGAAAAACAUGUCUGAUGGGCCGUCGGCAAUAUGUGAGUGUAAAUAUAGUUUCUUUUACGUGACAGUUUCUUUUUUCCUGUGGUUGUUUACAAUGAUUUUGUUUUUUAAUAAUCUGUAACUGAUCAAGUAACCUUUUCCCUGUGUACUACGAUUAAAUGUUACCUUAUCGCACCCUUUUUAAAUUGUUUAGGGUGGAUUUACGUAAAGAAAUGAUUCAAUUAAAUACUUUCACCAUAUAGCCUACCUGGGGAAAGAGCCAAGAGCAUAUUCAUCCUCAUUUUAUAAUUUUUUGAAAGCUCUUGUUUAUAACAUUCUAUAUGAAUGAAGAACUGUGAUUGAGAAUCGAAAUACUGUUGCAUUUAUUUCAUAAGUAACCCAAAGUUUACUAACUUUGUUUUAUUUUGCUGUUUGGGCAAAUUAUAAAAUGUUUCGCUUUUUUUUGCAUAGAACCAUAAGAAAUUUGUGCAUUGUAAACCUGAUAGCUAUGCACAUUGUCCCUCCCAAAUUUUAAAGUCCAUUACAAAAUAGAAAUUGCAGUUUUGGGAAGUAAACAUUCUCAAUGAUAACGAAAACAAUGCUUCUGGGCACAAAAUGGCCUUAACAACAGUUAUUUUCUUAACGCUGAAGUAUAUGAAUCUUUUGAAUUUUGAUUCAUCCCAUUAUGGCAACUGGGAUGUUCCCCUUUUUUAAGUUGUUUAGCUGGAUCACUUGUUGAAUGAUCUGGUGUGUGUGUGCUCCAGGCAGACUUUAUCUCACACGGCUUUAGGUGUCAGUACUCUAUGCUUGUGCAUCCUGUGAGAAGCUUCUCUGCAAUCAAUGGAAAUGUUCCUUGUACAACUGUGCAUUUAAUAAAAGUGGUAUGUCUUACAA